AUGAGCCGUGUUCAAUAUUAUAGCACUCUUAGCAAAAUAGCUGCCGUAUUAUGCGUUACAUUGUGCACAAUGCCUGAAUAUACAUGUUUAAGUACUCUGAAUUUAUGGUUUACACAAACUUCUGCAAACCAAUUGGAUGGGAAGCAUGAAUUGCCCAGCAGUACUCAAAAUGAACUGAAAACUUUUCCUUCCGCCUUUUUUCUAAGUUCAGAAAACCAUCGCAAGGAAAAAUUGUGA